AUGUUGGCCAUUGGUGGAGAUUUCCGGUGCAAUAUCGGUCACCUUGGUAGCGGGUUGCUUUGUCUCCAUAGGUGCUUUUGUGGUGUCCUUGUCCCGAGAUGGCUUGGUCUUCUCGUCUUGGGUAUUGGUCUUUUUCUCCUUGGGCUCUUCCGGAAGAAUAUGACAUUUUCUCGAGUUGUGUCCGAUUUCUUUGCAACUAUGGCAAAAGUGCGGUACAAACUCGGUUGCUUUGAAGCAUCCUCUUUAGAGUGGAUUUUAGUUGCGACAAGGUCCUUGCCUUUUGGAGGAGCUACCAGUUUGGCGAUGGUCAUCUGCAAGUCAUCUUCGGAAUCUUCCAUGUCAAGCCUUUUACCUAUAGAGGAUGAAGCUUCCUAUUCGCUUCCUAAAGAUGACUUUCUUCUUCUUGGACCUAGGCAUAUUGCUGGAGAUGAGCAGCUAGAAUUAACUGUAGCUUCGAACCUGUAG